AUGUCGUCGAAUCUGGAAGUUCUCUCUGCGAACUGGACUAUUCUGCUGGUGGCACUACUGUCUGUUCUUGGGGGAGUUUUCGCCAAGGAUGAUGCCUCAGUGCCCCGGCUGAUCACCCUCCAAACUGGAAGUCCCGCUCCAGCCCCGCCACAGGAAGUGAUCAUAGAGGAGGAUCACGAUCAUCAACAUUAUCAUCCGCCACACUAUCCGCCAAGCUAUUCGUAUCCGUAUCCUCAGCCACAGCCAUGCGGUUGUCCGCCCGGUCCUCCAGGUCCACCUGGUCCACCGGGACAGCCGGGGCAGAAGGGCUAUCCCGGCCCCAAAGGAUCCAAGGGUGAUCCCGGCGAGAAGGGGCCGCGUGGAGAUAAGGGCCACCCCGGGAUGCCUGGAAUCCCUGGCCAACCUGGUCCUCAGGGUCCUCCUGGAUAUCCCGGAGGUUCAUAUCCACCGUAUCCGUAUCCUCCACCUCCUCCUCCUCCAUCACAUGGACAUGGAGGCCCUAAAGGCCACCAGAGGCACUACUAUAACUACUAUGAUGAGGACGAGUAUGAUUACGGCAAUGAGCGUUCUUUUGGUCUGAGAAAAACCGAAGAAUUCGACGACCAGCCCUUCAUUUUGGCCUUUAGUGAACGCAGAAAUCCGUUUAGCACAAAAAACAAUAAAAGACGAAAUUAAAAUAAC